AUGCGGGGCGAGCUCUGGCUUCUGGUGCUGGUGCUCAGGGAGGCUGCAUUGAGCCCCCAGCCCGGAGCAGGUCAGGAUGCAAGCCGAGGCUCUGGAUGGGCCACCAUGAGGACCAUGCAAGGCUGGAGGCGGAGAGUCCGGGAGACCCCUGGACUGGUGUUGGAACCAGACAGGACCCAGCUGAGCCAGGACCUGGUCGGGGGCACCCUGGCCAUCGACACACUGCCAGAUAAUGGGACCAGGGUGGUGGAAGACAACCACAGCUACUACGUGUCCCGCCAGUAUGGCCCUGGUGAGCCCCGAAGCCGGGAGCUGUGGAUGGAUGUGGCUGCAGCCAACCAGAGCCAAGUGAAGGUCCACAGAAUCCUCUCCAGUACCCACCGGCAGGCAUCUAGAGUGGUGUUGUCUUUUGAUUUCCCUUUCUACGGGCAUCCUCUGCGACAGAUCACCAUAGCAACUGGAGGCUUCAUCUUCAUGGGUGACAUCAUCCACCGGAUGCUCACAGCUACUCAGUACGUGGCCCCCCUGAUGGCCAACUUCAACCCUGGCUACUCUGACAAUUCUACAGUUGCUUACUUUGACAAUGGGACAGUCUUUAUUGUUCAGUGGGACCAUGUCUACCUCCAAGGCCGGGAGGACAGAGGCAGCUUCACCUUCCAGGCAGCCCUGUACCAUGACGGCCGCAUUGUCUUUGGCUACAAAGAGAUCCCCAUGUCAGUCCUGGAAAUCAGCUCCUCCCAGCACCCGGUCAAAGCAGGCCUGUCAGACGCCUUCAUGAUUCUCAACCCAUCCCCAGAUGUGCCAGAAUUUCGGCGAAGGACCAUCUUUGAAUACCAUCGCGUGGAACUGGAUCCCAGCAAAGUCAGCAGUACAUCGGCCGUGGAGUUUACCCCGCUGCCAACCUGCUUGCAGCAUCAGAACUGUGGCGCCUGCAUGUCCUCCGACCUGACCUUCAACUGCAGCUGGUGCCACGUCCUCCAGAGAUGCUCCAGUGGCUUUGACCGCUACCGCCAGGAGUGGGUGGCCUACGGCUGUGCCCAUGAGGCAGAGGGCAGGACAUGUGAAGACUUCCAGGACCAGGACCACUACUCGUCCCUCCCCGACAGUUCUUUCAGCCCCUUUGAUGGAGACCUCACCACUGCCUCCUCCUCCCUCUUCAUCGACAGCCUCACCACAGAAGAUGACACCAAGUUGAAUCCCUACGCAGGAGGAGAUGGCCUUCAGAACAACCUGUCUCCUAAGACAAAGGGUCCCCCAGUACACCUGGGCACCAUCGUGGGCAUCGUGUUGGCAGUCCUUCUUGUGGCGGCCAUUAUCCUGGCUGGGAUUUACAUCAACGGCCACCCCACUUCCAAUGCUGCACUCUUCUUCAUUGAGCGGAGACCUCAUCACUGGCCAGCCAUGAAGUUCCGAAACCACCCCAAUCACUCCACCUACACGGAAGUCGAGCCCUCGGGCCACGAGAAGGAGGGCUUCGUGGAGGCCGAGCAGUGCUGA